AUGAGAGAAGUCGUUUCAUUGCACAUUGGUCAAGCCGGUAUUCAAGUCGGUAACGCUUGUUGGGAACUCUUCUGUGCCGAACAUGGAAUCAACCCAGACGGUACCUCUUCCUCCAUCAACGAUGCCUCUUCCUCUGUUUACUUUUCUGAAAAUUCACGUGGUAAAUACGUUCCACGUGCAUUGAUGGUCGAUUUAGAACCUUCUGUCAUUGAUGCCAUCAAAAACACUGAAUACAAGCAAUUGUAUCAUCCUUCUUACUUGUUACGUGGAAAUGAAGAUGCUUCCAAUAACUUUGCUCGUGGUCAUUACACCAUUGGAAAGGACAUGCUCGAUUCUGCCAUGAAUUCCAUUCGUAAGAUUACUGACAAUUGUCAAAGUUUGCAAGGUUUUCAAAUUUUCAACUCUGUUGGAGGUGGUACUGGUUCUGGAUUUGCUUCCUUGCUAUUGGAAAGACUUGCUGUUGAAUUUCCAAAAAAGACUAAAUUGGGUUUCAAUAUUUAUCCAAGUCCUCAAUUGACAACUUCCGUAGUUGAACCUUACAACUCUGUGUUGAGUACUCAUGCCUUAUUGGAACACAAUGAUGUGUCUGUAGUAUUGGACAAUCAAGCCAUUUACGAUGUCUGUAAGAAUAAUUUGAAAAUUGACAGACCCAACUAUAAGAAUUUGAAUCGUGUCAUUGCUCAAACUGUUUCCAGCUUGACUUGCUCAUUGAGAUUCCCUGGAUCUUUGAAUGUUGAUUUGAAUGAGUUCCAAACCAAUUUGGUUCCAUAUCCAAGAAUUCACUUCAUGUUGUCCUCUUUGGCUCCAAUGGUUUCUGUCUCAGAACAAUACUAUGCCAAUAAUAAUGCUGCUGAAUUGACAAGUCAUGUCUUUGAACCUAAUAACAUGAUGGCCAAGUGUGAUCCAAGAAGUGGCAAGUACAUUUCAUGUUGUUUAAUGUACCGUGGUAAAGAUAUUGUCAAUAAGGAUGUGAGUGAUGCUGUCAAGGUCAUGAAGAGCAAAUCGAGUAUUCAAUUUGUGGAUUGGUCUCCAUGUGCUUUCAAGAUUGGUAUUAAUCAACAAUCUCCAACCAUGUUGCCAGGAAGUGAAAUGGCUCAAGUCGAUAACUCUUGUUCCAUGAUUUCCAAUAACACUGCCAUUGCUUCUGUCUUUGCUAGAAUGAAUGACAAGUUUGACUUGUUGUUUGCAAAGAGAGCAUAUGUACAUCACUUUGUUGGAGAAGGAAUGGAGGAAGGUGAAUUCAAUGAAGCUCGUGAAGAUUUGGCUGCUUUGGAAAAGGACUACAGUGAAAUUAGUAAGGAUACUAUUAGUGAAGAGGAUUCCAUGUUGGAUGAAGGUGAAGAAAUGCAUUAA